AUGUCAGCUUUUUUAAAGGCGUCAAGACAUUCAGGGUCGUUUUGGAUCGCUGAUCUCUUUGUCCCCUCCAAAAUCAUGAGCAACUUGACCACUACUACGACGACUACCGCUACCAGUGAUACUAGUAGCCGCCUUACGGCUUGUCCCCAACAAAAGCAUCAAAAGCCAAGGGUGAUUUGGGGAUUCAUGUUGGAGAAUACAUACUUUACCGAGUUUGAUCUUCCCAAUCAUCGUAUCAUUGAAGAAGCUUACCAGCAACGUAAAACGCGCCAAACCAGCCAUUACAUUAAUAUUCGGGAUUCACAUUUACCUGUCCAAGCUCGGGUUUACUUUGGUGUUGCACAAGUGCAUUUGCGAAUGCCUGGUACGCGUUAUUAUGUCAAGCGUCGCAUUGUCCCACCUUCUCCACCCAAACAUCAUCAAAAACAUCUACAGCCCAAUUGGUCUUCUUCUUCAUCAUCAUCAUCCACGCCCAUGGUGACGCAUCAACAGCAAACACCCGUUUGGUCUUCUUCGUCUUCUUCAUCCACUGUAACUUCAACCACCUCUGACAACAUGAUGACGAUCCCUCAUCAUCAUCAUCAUCAUUGCCAAGCAACAAGCCCGUAUCUACCUACGCCAAGUACAAGCUUUGCCGUGAACCAGCAACAGCAGCAGCAACAAUGUGGUGAUUUUGGUUUCUACGAUUGGAUGGCAGCAGCAACCCCACAAAGUAUGAUGCUCGAUCACAUGACCAUGACCAAACAGUCUCCAUGGCAACAGGGCCCUAUCGUGGAUACGUCAAGUUUUGAACCCCAUCUCAAUGAAAACGAUACAUUGGUAUUAAACUCCCCUCAGUUUCCUUGGAUGUCUGGUGAUGAUUUCAAUACUUUUGGAGACAUGUCAUUCCUCUCAACACCAUCUGUGCCCUUUUAA